GACAUUUCCCGCUGCACAAGCAGAACAGCAUGGACAGGAGUGGAUAAUCGCCCGUUGACGAAACUGUGUUUUCAUCGGGGUUGAAAGAGGAGAACAGCAGAACAAUGGAGCCACAGACGAAACGCUGGAAAGGCUCGGAGUGUGACUCCGACUCCUGGGUUGCUUAUCCUGUGCUGUCAGAUGAGCGAUCACAAGACGUCGAGCUAAUAGAGGCGUUUGCGGCACCCAUUGUCAACAAGAAAGAGACAUCUCGACUGAUCCGGGAGCUGAGCGGUCUUUACCCGUUGAGCAGCCUGCAGCACAUCAAGAGGGUGCGAGCGGUGAAGGAGAAGGGAAGUCCUCAUCCUCUGGAAGUCCUCGUGUGCCUCGUCAGUGACGCUCCAGACACGAGGGCGGUCACCAUCCGGUCUCUGCUCCCCUCAGACGGACCUCAAUGUGACGGAUUGGGUGAGCCUUUUGUGGUGAAGGUCCCUGCGCGUCCCCCUUUGACCCGACCCCAAUUUGAGCUGGCGAGCAAACACUGGCCCACCUCCUUUCAUGAAGACAAACAGGUGACCGUCGCCCUGAGAGGCGAGCUUUUCGGUCCAUCUCAGAAAUCACACAUGCGGGAGUACAUGCUGUCUGCUCUGACUGCAGCGAAGGCAGGGCACGAGUUGGGCAUGGAGGCAGUGGGUGCGGUUGUGGUCGACCCAGUGGAGGAGAGAAUCAUUGCGGUGGGUCAUGACUGCAGAGGUCACCAUCCUCUUCACCAUGCUGUCAUGGUCUGCAUCGACCUGGUGGCUCAGAGUCAAGGUGGAGGAUGUUACCCUUUUGACAGAUACCCUGCAUGUACAUUUAAUCCAGCACCAAACUCAGACCCUAUCCCUACAGAUCCUGACACAGAGGCGAGCUCUCAGCCCUACAUAUGCACUGGGUAUGACUUUUAUGUGACCAGAGAACCUUGUGUUAUGUGUGCCAUGGCGCUCGUGCACUCCAGAGUCGGCCGUGUCUUCUAUGGCACUGCCUCUGCUGACGGGGCGUUGGGGACCAAAUAUAAAAUCCACACCCAGAAAGACCUUAACCAUCGAUUUGAGGUUUACAAAGGAGUCCUGAGUAAACAGUGUGAGGAUCUGAAGAGUUUGGACGACCGUGUCAUGAAAGAAAGUUUGCAGGAAAGUAGAUAAUAAAGGCAUCUGUUUCAUCGGCAGGCCCGUAACCAUGUUGUAGUUAUCAUGUGUGAGGAAGGAAUAAAGCAUUGUUUUUUUUUUUUUUUUUUAAAUGAAGUUUUAAACAUGCAUGUGGUUAUUGUAAUUAGUGGAUGUGUACACCUGUAGGGAGAGCGUGGAUCAUGUUUUAAGGAAGAGCUGCUGAGUGUUUUUGUUGUAGUUCAUAGAAAUAGAAUAGAUUAGAAAGCCUUUAUUGUUUUACAACAAAGUUAGAAAUGCUUCACCUUGAAGUGCACAAGGUCGGUCUUGUGAUAACAGAUGCAAAAAAUAACUGAAGCUAAAUUGUAAUCCAUUUUCACGUUGCUUUCAGCUGCAGAUCUGAACCUGGUCAGCGUUGACUACUUCUGUAAAAUGUGAACCUGGCUCCCCCUGCAGAUAAGUAAAGUAUUAUUAGCAAUAGAUUACUGUAUAACUGCAGGUGUAGAUGCCUCCAACACCGACACAGACAGAGAUAGCGCCAGCCAUCUGAACACGUUUCCCACCUUCAGACAACUGAUGCAACAGCUGGGCUUACUCGAAAAAGCAGCUGCAGAGACGAUUUAUUUUUAAUAUCUAAGGUUUUCACUCAUACAGCGGUUAGCACUUUCCACCCACAAUAACCGGACAUAACUAACAGUUCAUAACAAACACACUCUAAAAAUGGUUUAGUUUGUUGAUGAUUAUUAGCACGUGAAUGUUUAACAACAUUUUAACUCAUUCAGAUUCUGUACAGGAAGCUUUUGUCCUUGUUUACAUCAAACCGUAUGCCUCCAACACAGAUUCAAACUAAUUUAAGUCACAGUGUGUGCCCUUGUUUUUUUUUGGGGUUUUUUAAGGAUUUUUAUCUGUAGUCCUAAUAUGAUAAUAUCCAGGGAGUUGGAAAGCUUUCCAGGUCUUAUCUUCAAACUACGCUGUAUACUAAAAGUUGUAAAUGAUGUAUUAUGUUGAUAAAGGUAAUGCUUAUUGA